AUGGGGCGCCAAUCUCUAGGGGCACCUAUCUCUAUAGGCGCCUAUCUCUAUGGGCGCCUAUCCCUAUGGGCGCCUAUCUCUAGGGGCGCCUAUCUCUAUGGGCGCCUAUCUCUAUGGGCGCCUAUCUCUAUGGGCGCCUAUCUCUAUGGGUGCCUAUCUCUAUGGGCGCCUAUCUCUAUGGGCGCCUAUCUCUAUGGGCGCCUAUCGCUAUGGGCGCCUGUCUCUAGGGGGGCGCCUAUCUCUUGGGGCGCCUAUCUCUAUGGGCGCCUAUCUCUAUGGGUGCCUAUCUCUAUGGGCGCCUAUCUCUAUGGGCGCCUAUCUCUAUGGGCGCCUAUCUCUAUGGGCGCCCUAUCUCUAUGGGCGCCUAUCUCUAUGGGCGCCUAUCUCUAUGGGCGCCUAUCUCUAUGGGCGCCUAUCUCUAUGGGCGCCUAUCUCUAUGGGCGCCUAUCCCUAUGGGCGCCUAUCUCUAUGGGCGCCUAUCUCUAUGGGCGCCUAUCUCUAUGGGCGCCUAUCUCUAGGGGCGCCUAUCUCUAUGGCCGCCUAUCUCUAGGGGCGCCUAUCUCUAUGGGCGCCUAUAUCUAUGGGCGCCUAUCUCUAGGGGCGCCUAUCUCUAUGGCCGCCUAUCUCUAG